CUUAUCUUUUACGUCUUAUUUCUCCCACUCGAUAGAAAAUAUCAUUUAAACCACAAUUUCAUAAUUUUUUCAUUCUGCAUUUUCACUACUUUCCGUCCUUUCCUUUGGUCAUUACUACCUGUGUGGAGAGAAAGGGCUGUCUUGGCUUCUUUCAAGUGAAAUAGUUUGGUGAGAUAUUUCUUAGUUUAGAGGAUUAGAUCGGCAUCAAACUCUUUGCCGUAAAAAUCUGUUUUUGCGGAUUGUGAUCGUGCCAAGUACCAAGAAAAGAUGGCAGAAGUAUUUCUCUCUGCUCUUGUUCAGACAAUGAUGGGGAACUUGAAUUCUCUACUUCUGCAAGAGUUUGACACAGCGUGGGGUGUCGAGAAAGAAUUGGGGAAGCUGGAGAGCAUGUUGUCGACGAUCCAUGCAGUACUUCAAGACGCAGACAAGCAGCAAGAGCAGAGCAAGGCGCUGAGGGAUUGGCUAAUGAAGCUUAAGGGUGUGGCCUAUGAUGCAGAUGACUUGAUAGAUGAGUUCUUAACAGAAGCUUUUCGGCGGAAAGUGAGGACACGUCCUGCUAUUAUGAAUAGAGUGCGUAACUUCUCUUCUCUUCCAAACUCACUUGUAUUUCGCCUGAAGAUGGGGAGUAGGAUAAAGGAGAUUGGGGAGAGAUUAUAUGCAAUUGCAAAGGAGAGGAAGUUCCAUUUGAGAGAUGGACCUGUAGAUCCGCCGGUCAAUACUGAAGAGAGACUGCAAACAGACUCUUGGAUUGAGUCGGAAGUUUUUGGCAGAGAUGACGAUAAGAAGAUAAUUGCAGAGUCGUUGAUUCAUGUUGGUACUCAAGAAGAUGUCUCGAUCAUCCCCAUAGUUGGUAUGGGGGGCCUUGGGAAGACCACACUUGCACAAUUCGCUUACAAUGAUGAGAGGGUAACCAAGCAUUUCGAGCUAAGGAUGUGGGUUUGUGUGUCGGACAAUUUCGAUGUGAUGAGGGUAAUAAAAUUAAUCAUUGAAUCAGCAAAUGGUAGCAAAUGUGAUCUCGAAGGCAUGGAUUCACUGCAGCAUGGCCUCCAACAAAAGCUAAGUGGGAAGAAGUUUUUACUCGUGUUGGAUGAUGUGUGGGAAGAAAAUCCUGAGAAGUGGAAUGCACUGAAAAAAUCUCUCAGAGGUGCCAGGGGUAGUAAAAUCAUAGUUACUACCCGUAAUGAAAAUGUUGCUUCAAUCAUGGGCACUCUCCCUUCACACCAUUUGCCAAUAUUAUCAGAUGAUGAUUGUUGGUCUCUGUUCAGGCAACGAGCGUUUGGGCAUGGAAGACAAGAACAUCCAAACCUAGUAAUGCUUGGAAAGGAAAUCAUGAAGAAGUGCAGGGGUGUUCCUUUGGCAGCGAAAGCACUCGGAAGCUUGAUGUACCUUAAAACAGAGGAAAGCCAGUGGUUGAUUGUCAAAGAAAGUGAAAUUUGGAAUAUACAAUUAGAAAAGAAUCCCAUUUUACCUGCUCUAAGGUUGAGUUAUUUUCAUCUGCCUUUUCAUUUGAAGCAAUGCUUUGCAUACUGCUCAUUAUUUCCAAAAGAUUAUAGAAUCGAGAAGGAUAAACUGAUCCAACUUUGGAUGGCCGAAGGUUUCAUUCAAUCAUCCGUCAGAAGUAACCACAUGGAAAACAUCGGUGGAGAGUAUUUUAAUAAUCUAUUACAGCGGUCCUUCUUUCAAGAUGUUGAGAAAGAUGAUGAUGGGAAUAUAGUAUGGUGCAAGAUGCAUGACCUCAUGCAUGAUCUUGCACGCUUUGUUGCAGAGACUGAAUGCUCGAUUGUGCAGGUCGAGAAUGCAGAGAGCAUCCGUAACAUAUCUCGCCGUUUGUCCUUGGAGUGUGGGUAUAGCAGGAAGGUCCAAACAUUCCCAAAGGCCUUGAAGAAAGUAAACCAUUUGCGAACACUGCUGCUCGGAAGAUGGAAUGUCAACAUGCCCGGAAGAUGGAAGAAUGUCAGCGUUCCUUGUGAACUUUUUGUACAUUUUAUGUGCUUACGCGUGUUAGAUUUAAGCAAAGCCAACGUUACUAAGGAGUUGUUGGUUUCAAUCGGCAAGUUGAAACACUUAAGAUACCUCGACUUGUCUCAUACUAAAAUAGCAGCCCUUCCAGAAUCCAUCUGCACCCUUCCCCAUUUGCAAACCCUGAGACUCUUGCAGUGUCAUGAUCUUGCAGAGUUACCAAGGUACAUGAGCAAAAUGAUUAGCUUAAGACAUCUUGAAAUAGAACGGUAUUAUCAUAAAUUGACCCAUAUGCCAGCUAAUAUGGGAGAAUUAAAGUUCCUUCAGACCUUGCCAAUAUUCAUCAUUGGUAAGGAUAGAGGAUGUGGUAUAAAAGAGCUGCAAGACCUAAACCUUCGAGGAAGCUUGAUUAUUCGAAACCUCGAGAACGUGAUGAGUAGAGCAGAUGCACAGGAAGCAAACUUGAAGGAGAAGCCAAACCUUCAUAAGUUAUGCUUUUCAUGGGGUUCAUGGGGUCAGGAUAUUGAUCUUAAGUUGACAGGAAAUGUUGAGGAAACCUUUGAAGGUCUCCGACCACAUUCGAAUCUCAAAAGGUUGGAGGUCAAAGGGUACGUGGGUGUCAGAUUUCCGCAUUGGAUGACUUCUUCGAAUCUGGUUGAAAUCUCACUAAUCGAUUGCAGAAGAUGCGAACAGCUCCCCCAGCUUGGCCAAUUACCAUUGCUUAAGGUUCUUGUGAUACAGGGAAUGCAUGCUGUGAAAUCUAUUGGCAACCAUUUCUAUGGUGACAAUGUUGCAUAG